GGAAGGGGAGGAAGAACUGGGCAUCAAGAAACUGCGGAUGCAUAUAAAAACGCACCCAUGUGUAAAUGUACCUAUGUAUUGUAAGGGAGACGCACACACGAGAUUAGCAUGACCGUGCUGCACCACAGAAGACAAACACUGUCAUCCUACUUUUCCACUCAUCCACAAACACACAACACGUGCUGCAGGGAAGAUGCCAGUGUUGGUUCGCUAGGCACUCCACUCCCUCCCUCCCUCCCUCCCUCCCCCACUUCUUCUUUCUCCAUCAACCCUCCCUCUCUUCCUCUCUCUCUCUCUCUCCCUUGUUCACCUUGUCUGUUCUGGCUUUUAUUGUUGCGUCAGAGCCAGCCAGAAGUGAAGCAUGCCGGGGGAGAGCGCUCACAGAUCUGUCCCUGCCAACAAACAUCCAGGACAGGGAGAGGAGGAGCCGGGGCUCCCUGGACCAGGUAAAAGCAGACGUCAGUCCACAGACUCCACACCCAGUGACAGUGGCUCUUCCCCUUGUGACACAAGUUCAAGCCCUUCUCCCAGCACUCCUCAGAAGCUGCUCCCAUCAUACAGGUCCCCAUUUGGACCCAGGCUAUCACACACAACACCUAACUCCUCUGUUACUCCAAGACCUCAACCUGAAGGGUCUGACCACCGGCACAACCCACUGAGACUGUCUGGAAAGUUAGGCGGUCAUGGACCUUGUGGCCGCCUUGUCCCCGUUAAGAUGGAGAGAAUCAAAGUACUGACUGGUUCUGAGGUGGAAAGUGACUAUCCAGAGGCACAGACCAUUGACACUAGGGUGGUGAUGGGCCAAGAGACACUCCUUAAAACAUCAGAUAUCCUGAAAGGGAUGUGCUUUCCUAAGCAGUGCGUUCAGGCUCUCUCAUCAUCAGUUAUGCCAAGCUUUCCAGAGCCUCAGACAAAAGAAAACAAAAUGGAAACUAGCAAGGAGGAGUGCAAAACCCCAAACCUGGACAAACAAGGAGAUGAGCAAACAAAACCUGUAAAUCCCUCAACCCCACCAAUUCCCCCUAUUAACUGUCCCACAGCACCCGCUUCCUCCUCCUAUGGUGAGGAUAAUUUCACAGAGAAGGAAGAGGGUCAAAGUCUCUCGACUAUUGAAGUGCCUUCCCUGUCCGACCACGAGCAGGCCUGCCCAGUGGCUCUAUCCUUCUCUGAGCCAAUUUAUUCUGUUGACCCACUCCGAGUGGGUAUGCCCUCAUCCCUUGACCCUGACUUGUAUUAUACUGCGCCUUCCACCCCAAUUAAGGUGAUGUCACGCUCCUCGCACCUUAAACAUCGUUCAUAUCCAGGCUCUCCUGCUUGCUCCCCCUCGCCUGGCUUACCCUCAGACAGUGAUGACCUCUGCUCCCCUAUGACCUCUCCCUCUGGCUCCUAUAUGACAGCAGAGGGAGGAAGCUGGACCUCCUCUUAUGCAUCCUCCACUUCCCCCUCCACCUCUCCCAACCUGACCACAGAAGAUGCACAGGAGGCUCGGGCUUGCUUUGUGGGCUCCUUGUCUGAGAUUGGAGAUGAAGUCGGGGAGGAUAAGGUGCGAACAGGUCGAGAGCUGGACGAGGAGAGACCAGGCGACUUAUAUGUUCAAAAUUCUGAAGAUGUAAUCAAUCAACGAUUAGGAAUAACAAGUACAGUGAUACUUGAGGAGGAAGAGACUCAAAAGGAAGCUGAAACCAUGAUUUGCAGAGAAAGUCAUCGUCCUUGCUGGGUGACUGAACAUACACCUCUCCCAAGGAGCAGUAGCAGCCACACCAGUGACUCACAAGAGGAUGGGGGGGAGUCUGAGAGCUCCCUCUGUCCGCUAGAGGAGGCUAGGGCAGCUACUGAAGAACAUUCAAGAAUAAAACACACAGGCCUUAAACUGCAACUGGACCCAUGUGUAUUGGAGGAACAUUAUGGAAAGACAGCUGUGACUCCUGAUACAGACAACAUGGCCUCAUCUAACCCUAGUCCUGACUCACCUGUUGUCCACAUCGAUUCUUUCUGUCCUGGAGCCUUUGGCAGACUUGGUCCCAGCUCUUUCAUGCUCUCUCAGGCAUCCUGUGCUGAGGAUAUACCAGAGGAAGAAAGGAUGAUCCCUGUCUCUCUCAUUCCAUUUCCUCCCCACACAAGCCUAAUUUUUAAAGCGGAUUCCUUUGAAAUAACUCUCUUUCCCACAGAAGAUGAAAAUGAAAUAGCGACGGACAGAAAUGAAGGAAAGGACUGUGAUGCCUACGCAGCAGGAGAGGAGGAAGCAGACGUUGAAGAUGAUGACGAAGAGGACGACAAUGACUACGAUGAUGACGAUGACGACAUCAAUGGUAAUGAAACCGCGGACGGUGGGGAUGACAAUGACACUGACGACAGUCCAGAGUCAAGUGUGGAGGCCAAGGUGGAGGUGAAAGUGGUUGAAGAAGAGGAGGAGGAAGAAGAAGAAGAUGAAGAUGGACAGUAUAUCAGAAAAUCAGUGGGGGGUGCUACAGAUGAGGACAGCUCAGGGUCCUUGCUUCAUACGCUCUCAGACACAUCCAUAAAUGAGGGGUUGGAUGACUUCUUCUGUUUCCAAGAUGAUACAGAUGACUCAUUAGAUUCAGCUUCCUAUAAUGGGGAGGAAGAUGAACGCCUCUACAGCACUGAGAGGCAUGCACAAGCACUAGAAUCGUCACCUUUGGAUUCACUUGAAUCCACAGAAAGAUCAGAAUCAGAACAGGGAUAUGCCAUUGGAGUGAGUCAAACAGAAUCUCUGCACACACAACAGAGCGCAGAUAAGACAGUGGAUAACCCAGAAACCACUUGUCUUUCUGAAAACAUCUCUGCCCAGGAACCCAACUCCCUAGAAACCCUAGGAUGUGCCAAACUGUUGGAUAAAACAAAACCUGUACAAAUGGAUGACAUGUUAAAACCACUUGUUUUUUGUACAUAUGCAGCUCCUCUCCACCUUGAGUCCUCUGGUAACAACACUGGGGAUGAGAGUGAGAGGCGAGAACAUUGCAGUUCUCUUGAGGAACCAAAACACAGCUCUUGUGUCAUCUCUCACGACUCCCAUGACUCCACUAUUCAAGCCUACACAACACCUUCUGUUGGAAAAAACCCUAGUAGUACAGUACAGGAAUCAGAAGAAGAGGAUGAUAGGGAGCAUCGCAAUGAAGGUCCAGAAGAAGAUCCUACUUGUGAACCAGAAAGAGAUUCUUAUAAAUUGCUCAUUAAGCAUCACCAUUAUCAGACAGGAAGUCAUGGAGCUGCAGGAGUAAGGAGACUCAUAUCAUCCCAAUGGUCCUCCAAUAGACUUGAUAAGCCUGAGAUUGAAGACCAGAAGAAAAAGAAGAAUGGGAAUGCUUCUGUAGAAAUUAGAAGCAUGGAGUGUAGAUCCACUGACCUGGGUUUGUCAGAUUUGGGUACAGCCACCAAUGAUUUAAACAAAGGUGUGCUUCCUCUCUCUUAUCCUAAAGACCCAAGUGCAAACCCCAGCAAUAUCCCCAUCUCUGCAUCUCCAGAGGUUAUUUUUGGACUUGCAGACAACCUGGUCUUGACUCCUGAACAUUGCCCUAGUGACUCCGGCCAGGAGAACCUGAGUACUGAUGAGAGGGUGCUUGGAGCAGCUGGAUCCCCUCACUCUCCUCUGGCUAUCUCACCUAAAAGAGAAAACUCAGAAAUAGAAACAAGGAGGGAAACAGGUCGUGUCAUGGAGAUGACUGAAUUACAUUUAGGAUCAGUGGCUGAAUUUGGAGUAUUGGGAGCAGGCGAGUCGCUUUCCUUGUCACUGGGGAAAAAGUAUGACUUAGAAGCAGAGAGUGUACUCAUGUGUGACACACAAGGCCAAAGCACACAGACUCCAGUGAUUCCUAACAUGAGCAAUGAAACAUACCAAAAAUAUGCUCUUUGUUAUGUUCAGGAGAGAAAAGAUAACAACGAGGAUGGAAAGCGGCAUCGGGGAGAAGAUAUAGAACAAAUAGAAGAGGGAACUUCUAAUUUGAUCUGUUGGAAGUCGAUUGAGGAGAUCUCAGAGGUAGGGGGAGACGAGCGGCGAUUCCUUGAAGAUGAUGACACCAAUAAUCAUGACAACGAUGGGAAUAACACACAGAUGCAAGUAACAUGGAUGGAUUCAAACAAUAAUAAUGAUGCUACAUUUGAUUCACUGGAAGUAGAAAUGUGUGAAGGACUGAAUGCUCUAUCAGAGGAAGUGAGACCUCAGUUUGAGAGUGUCAAAGUCACAGAAUCAGUUUCUAAUAUUCCACUUGAAGAGAUGCCACUGCAGGUUUCUGUCACAACGUCGGGUGAAGAACAAGAAGCAGCAGGGAGUUCUGUAACCCAAACAUCAUCCACAAAGGAUGGUCAAUGUAGCUUGCCAUUAGAUAACACUAGUGUGGACAAAUUUUCAACAAAUGAACAUCUCGACAGCACAACAAUGUCCAGAUGUCAAACAAGUCCAGAGAGUCACACAAUCACCGCAGAGAGUAAUAUAGUACCUUCUUUACUACAUGGCACGUUUGCUUUAUUUAUUCCUCGAUGCAAAUCAAAUGCAUCUGCAUCCAUUAAAGGUGCAAAUACAGGUUUGCAGUCAGAAUCAGAAAUGGCAGGGGAGCCUCAAACUAGAGGUCAAAGAAAAAGCAAUUGCAGUACUGUGAUUGACAGACUUGUUGACGAACCAAAUAAUACAAAUGCCUUUAAAGGACAGCAGUGUGUCAGUUGUAACUCAGGGAUAGAUGAAGAAGUAAAUCCAAAGGAAAUGAAAGAGGCAUGUGCAAAGGAUAAAAACAAAACAGAAAGAAACACCUCUCCUGCACUAACUCUUUUUGACAGUUUUGCACAUGACACUGCCAGGGAUGCAAUUUGCACAGAGAAAACUGAUGCUACUAAGAAAGGGCGAAGACGGAAACAACACAAGGCGUUGAAGGUGGGCAUACAUUCGGAUUCCAGUCCUGAAAUUCCGGAUGAUGAAAAGAAUUUUCAUGUUUCUAAACAAACUCCAGCAGUGGUGAUUGAGGACAGUUCAAAAACAAAGGCAGGCAAAAAGGCCAACAAAGUAUCCUCAUUAGAGCAGAAGACAAACAAAGGUGGGUCACAGAUUCAAGUAGAAAAGUGUCUCUCCCCUAAUGUCACACGGCCAAAAGAUCGGAACCGCAACUCUCACAAGCGUAUACGAGAAAACCUGAACGGCAUACUAGAAACAGACAAAGAAUCGCAUCAGGAACAAAGAGAGCUGGAAAACCGAUCAGAAAUGCUUGAUAACAGACAGGAAGUGCUUGAUAACAGACCACUGUCUAAUAGUGACAGAGGCAUCAGAGUGGACAUAAAUGACAACAACAUAGAUGAUGAUCACAGCCCAUCAUCACAGGCUUUUUCUUCCUCAACAUCUCCUGUUUCCUCCUUCUCACCUUUCGACGGAGCUUCAACAGAACUAAAACAUGAACUUACAACACCUGUGCAAGAAUCACAACCUGUGCAUUCAGUCCAGCACUUGCCUUUGCUAUCUACAUCCCACACAACCUGUCCCACAAGCCAGCAAGCCCCUUUCUCGCAAUCUCUUUUAAACAAUAUCGAGGCCCCCGUCACCCAUCCUACAUUGACCAAAGCGUUACCCUGUCGAUCUUCUGAGAUGCAAAGUAAUCUGUCUGAGCCAACCCAGGAGUCAUCUUCCAUUCCUCCUUGCCAUAACCGAUCCUUGUCACAGUCUCACAAACAACCCAAGCAAGUUUGUACAAAGGACAUGACCAAAGAUUUCACUUUGGCAGAGAGGGGGACGGACAGCAGCGAGGAGGAUUGUGGACUCCCUCCACAUGGUCAAGGGUCUGUUCUCAAAGGGAUAACAGGAAAUCGAACGGAGAAAACUAGUCCAUCCGAUCAAAAGGAAACCCAGACUUUCUCUUCUCAUCAGCUAACUGGCAAACUGUCUGGCUGUUCAAUCAACCACAGCCAACCUAUCUCUGAAGACUUGAAAAACAGUUGUUCCAUUGUGGCCUCCUGUAAUGAGUCGGAGAGUGAAGGGUCAGUCCCUGAGCUAGAGGAGGCAGAGCCAGUGAGACCUCUUCAACCUGAGCUUCUCUCCUCUGCAGACGAAGGCCUGAACAGACCAAAACAGAGCCGCAGUGAGAAGAAGGCCCGUAAGGCCAUGUCUAAACUGGGUUUAAAGCCGGUCCACGGUGUGACAAGAAUCACCAUAAGGAAGUCCAAGAGUAUCCUGUUUGUCAUCAGCCGACCUGAUGUAUUUAAAAGCCCUGCGUCGGACAUUUAUAUUGUAUUUGGGGAGGCUAAGAUCGAGGAUCUUUCUCAACAGGCUCACAAAGCUGCUGCAGAGAAAUUCAAGGUGCCUGUAACCUCUACUCCCUUGGCCCCCCCUGUCCCACCCAGCCUCCGCAUCAAGGAGGAGAGCGAAGAUGAAGAGGAAGAGGUGGAUGACGGGGGUCUGGAGCAGAGGGACAUCGAGCUGGUGAUGGCUCAGGCCAACGUGUCCCGAGCAAAGGCCGUGCGUGCGCUGAAACACAACAAGAACGACAUUGUGAACGCCAUCAUGGAGCUGACUAUGUGAAUGGUGUGGAUUAUCUGAAUCCAUCCUCAACCCCUAAAGCCUGAAGACCACGCUGUAUCGCUGCUACUGUAUGUUGCAUCUCCAAUACCUGCUAAAUAAAGUCUGUUAGGAUGCCAA